UAUUCUGUCCAGGAAGCAAGAAGACUUACUUGGAGGCAUACUCAUUUUCCCCGUGCCUCUUUGCUAUUUCUGGAAAAUAAAGCAUUCUAUAGGCGGAGCUAGUGAAUGCCUCUUUUAACACACGAGUCUCCACACUUCCCUGUUCACUUUGGUUCCAGCAUCCUGUCCAGCAAAGAAGCAAUCAGCCAAAAUGAUACCUGGAGGCUUAUCUGAGGCCAAACCUGCCACUCCAGAAAUCCAGGAGAUUGUUGAUAAGGUUAAACCACAGCUUGAAGAAAAAACAAAUCAGAGUUACGAAAAAUUGGAAGCUGUGGAGUAUAAAACUCAAGUCGUUGCUGGAAUAAAUUACUACAUUAAGGUACGAGCAGGUGAUAAUCAUUAUAUGCACUUGAAAGUAUUCAAAAGUCUUCCCGGACAAAAUGAGGACUUGGUACUUACUGGAUACCAGGCUGACAAAAACAAGGACGAUGAGCUGACGGGUUUUUAGCAGCAUGUUCCCAAAGUGUUCUGAUUCCUUCCACUGGCUACUGAGUCAUGAUCUUUGCUGAUAAAUAAAACCAUCAAUAAAGAAGCAUUCUUUUCCAAAGAAA